AUGGCAUCCGAUCGGGGACAACCAGAGCGCGGCCGUAGCCGCACACGCAGUCGCACUCCCUACUCGGCCCAGCAACACCGCUCAGGUAUCGAGGUCGAAGUCGGUAUCGAGGUCGAGGUCGAGUUCGGGGUCGAGUUCGGGGUCGAGUUCGGGGUCGAGUUCGGGGUCGAGUUCAAGGUCAAGGUCAAGGUCAAGGUCAAGGACCAGGUCAAGAACAAGGACACGAUCACGAUCCUUUUCCUCCCGCUCUCACUCUCGCUCCAGAUCAACAUCGCGCUCAAGGUCCAGCUCAAGGUCGAGGUCCAGGACGCCGCCUCGACGCCGAGCCUCGAGAGCGGUCCUGGUCAAAGGGCUCACGCUCAACGUCAAGGAACGCCACCUCGAUCACAUCUUUGGCGUCUACGGCAGGCUCGACUACGUGCUGCUCCAUCCCCCCGCCGUCCGAGCGACUAG